ACGGCAACCUGAUUCCGGUCCCGGUCACACGAAACUCGGACCAGACGAGACGACGACGACGACGGCCUCUGCUGCGUCGUCCGCUCCCCGACCCUCAGAUCGCCGCCGCCUUCGCCAUGGCGGCCGGCUCUGCGGCUUGCCUCCACGGGGCCGUCGCCUGCGCCGUCCUCCUCUUCCUCGCUUCCGCCGUCUCCGGAGAUGUUGCCACACUGGAAUCUGUUCCAGAUCUUGUGAAGGCGAUGUAUGUAAACAUUGAAAGCUUCCCUUGUGUGAGGUUGCUAAAUCUUUCUGGUGAAAUCGGCUGCUCUAAUCCUGGGCACGGCCAGAUUAUUGCACCGAUUGUAAGAUUUAAAAACAUCGGUGACCAGUUGGUUCAACCGUCGACAGUUCUUCUUCCCUUAGAUCAGAUGCGAGAUUUCUUUCUGAGGGUAUCCAAUGAUCCAAAACUUUACAAUAAAGUUGCCGGUGUACUGGUUGAGUCAAAUGGUGUGCAUAACAACCUGCUAGAGUUAUCACCGGAUAGAAGGUUUCCACAAGAGGAUUUUGCACCAUACUCAAAUCUCAGCCAUGAUUGGAAUCCUGCUGGGUCAGGUAUUAUGUGGAACAGAUAUGACUUUCCUGCCUUUCUACUCACAGAGGAGAGCACGCAGACUCUGCGAAAGAUUGCAGAUGAGAAUGACAAGUCUAAGAAUGGAUAUCAAGCAAAUGUAGCAGAAUUCGACCUUGUUAUGCAGACAACAAAAGCUGAAACACAUGACUCAGAGUCCUGCCUCAAAGAGCAGUCGUGCUUGCCCUUAGGAGGACAGAGUGUAUGGGCUUCGUUACCACCAAUGAGCAAUGCAUCAAAGAAGCAUCAGAAACCAAUAAUAAUGGUUGUUGCAUCCCAAGACUCUGCGUCAUUCUUUCGGGACCGUAGUUUGGGUGCUGAUUCUCCCAUAUCAGGAUUGAUUGCUUUGCUCACUGCUGUUGAUGCUCUUUCUCACCUUCAUGAUCUAAGCAAACUCAAGAAACAGCUUAUUUUUGCUGCUUUUGAUGGUGAAGCCUGGGGUUAUCUUGGUAGCCGAAAAUUCUUGCUGGAACUAGAUGAAGGAUCUGAUUCUGUGAAUGGCAUUGGUAGCUCAAUGAUUGAGCAGGUACUGGAGAUUGGUUCUGUUGGCAAGGGCAUAAGUCAAGGACAUCCAUUAUUUUAUGCACAUGCUGCAACGAAUUCAUCGAUUUUAAAGAAGAUGCUAGAUGCACUCCAAAGUGGCAGUGAUUCCCUUGGCUCUGAUAAUGUUAAAGUAAAACUAGCAGCUUCAUCAAAUCCUGGUGUACCCCCAUCUUCAUUAAUGUCAUUCAUGAGAAAGAAUACAUCAAUUUCAGGAGUUGUGUUAGAGGACUUUGAUUCCCAAUUUUCCAAUAAAUUUUAUCACAGCUAUUUGGAUAACUCCGAUAACAUCAAUUCUUCAUCAAUAGCAGCAGCUGCUGCUUUGGUUGCCAGAUCAUUGUACAUUCUUGCUACUGGCGAUAUGCCCCCCGAUCUCAUCACACUGAACACUAUAAAAGUGAAUGUUACUUUAGUAAAAGAAUUGAUUGGAUGUCUACUGACCUGUGAUCCUGGUCUUUCUUGUGGCAUUGUGAAGAGCUUCAUUUCUCCAAGCAACUCCUGCCCGAGUCACUACGUUGGUGUUUUUCAGGAUUCACCUUCUAGCACACAGUUUCCUUCAUAUGCAGAUGAUACCUCCCGGUUUGUAUGGAAUUUCUUGGCAGAUAGAACUUCUGGAUUGGCAGGCAACAAAAGCUCUUGUACUGGAAAGUGCAGCAAUGAAAGUGAAGUAUGUGUGGGGUCAGAAGUGGAGGGUGGAGGCAGGUGUGUUGUAUCUACAACCAGGUACGUCCCUGCCUAUUCAACCAGGCUUAAGUUUCAGGACAAUGUAUGGCAUGUUCUUCCAGCAAACUCGUCGGAUCCAAUGGGCGCCGUAGAUCCUGUAUGGACUGAGAGCUACUGGAACACAAUCGGUCUGAGGGUCUACGCAGUGCAAUCUGCGACUUCUGACUGGAUCGUUCUUCUCGCCGGGCUCAUUGUCACGGCAGCAUCCUACCUCGCGGUUCUCAUUGGCAGGACAUACAUUUCAAAGAUCACAAAGCGAGACUGAGCUGAUCUUAAAGCAUCAACCCUACCCAGGCCGCGAAAUCCUACUCACCAUUUUGACCCUGUAAUGUAAUACGCGCAUUAGGGAGUUUUUUUUAGCUGGAGAACAUGACAGUAGUUGCCUAACACAUGAUUUUAAAUCUGCGCCCCCAUGUAGAAGAAAUCACAUGUAAUCCUUUCGCCGUGAUGCAAUACUUGCAGCGGCGGUGAUUGUGAUAUGUGACCGCGAUAAAAGCCUGGCCGUGCUUUUGGCGGUUAGCAUUGGUUUGGUAGCGCUUUCUGGAAACGUGCUUCGAGUAAGUUCCGUGUGUAUUCUGGACACAUAAUUGGAUGAUUGGAUCAGCUGGAUGAGUACUACUACUUCUGUACGUAUGUCGAUUUUA